GCGGCUGGAGACCAGGCCGAAGCGGUGUGACAUUUCAGACGAGAAACGCAUGACAAAGGUUAAUUAUCGUUAGCUAGCUACAUGUUAUUCGCUUUAGCUAGCAACUACUGGUAAGCAGGUUGCUAUGGCUAACAUUGGCUACGCGGCGUGGAUGUCUCGUGGACUGGUCAAUGGGAUUGCAAAGACUGAAGUCUCUAUGGCGACCGAUCAUGUAAAUGGGAAUGGUACAGAGGAACCAAUAGACACAACUGAAGUGGACACAACUACAGCUGAAGUUACCCAUUCAGAAAAUUACCAGCCUUUAUUAGAUGCUGGUUUACCACAGAAAGUUGCAGAAAAACUAGAUGCAAUUUACAUAGCAGGCCUGGUAGCGCACAGUGACCUAGAUGAAAGAGCUAUUGAAGCAUUGAAAGAAUUUAACGAAGAAGGUGCUCUGCAAGUCCUGCUUCAGUUUAAGGAAAGUGACCUGUCGCAUGUGCAAAACAAAAGUGCCUUCCUCUGUGGAGUAAUGAAGACUUACAGACAGAGGGAGAAGCAAGGGACCAGAGUUUCAGAUUCCACGAAAGGACCAGAUGAGGCGAAAAUAAAAGCUCUGCUUGAUAGAACCAUCUAUACACUUGAUGUGACAACGGGUCAGCGGAAGUAUGGAGGCCCCCCCCCAGAGUCUGUGUAUUCAGGUGCUCAACCCACUAUUGGAACAGAGAUAUUUGUUGGGAAAAUUCCUCGAGACUUGUUUGAGGAUGAGCUGGUGCCCCUCUUUGAGAAGGCGGGACCUAUCUGGGAUCUACGUCUAAUGAUGGACCCCCUUAGUUGCUUGAACAGGGGCUACGCCUUUGUCACUUUCUGCACUAAAGAGGCUGCCUUGGCGGCAGUAAACCUGUGUAAUAAUCAUGAAAUACGCCCCGGCAAACACAUUGGAGUGUGUAUAUCUGUUGCCAAUAACCGUCUGUUCGUCGGCUCCAUCCCCAAGAGUAAAACGAAAGAACAGAUUGUGGAGGAGUUUGCUAAAGUCACAGAGGGUCUUAACGAUGUCAUACUGUACCAUCAGCCGGAUGACAAAACGAAGAACAGAGGUUUUUGCUUUUUGGAAUACGAGGACCAUAAAACUGCUGCUCAGGCCAGACGCAGGCUAAUGAGUGGCAAGGUGAAAGUGUGGGGGACGGCGGUUACUGUGGAAUGGGCAGACCCCAUCGAGGACCCUGAUCCAGAGGUUAUGGCCAAGGUCAAAGUUUUGUUUGUCCGAAACCUUGCAAAUAGUGUUACGGAAGAAAUACUUGAAAAAUCCUUCGGCAAGUUUGGUAAACUGGAGCGAGUGAAAAAACUGAAAGAUUACGCCUUCGUUCACUUUGAUGAGCGGGACGGUGCAGUCAAGGCGUUGGCUGAAAUGAAUGGCAAAGUUCUGGAAGGAGAGCACAUUGACAUAGUCUUUGCAAAGCCCCCCGAUCAGAAGAGGAAGGAACGCAAAGCUCAGAGACAAGCAGCCAAAACAAACAUGUAUGAUGAUUAUUAUUACAACUACGGCCCCCCUCAGUUGCCCCCUCCCACAAGAGGCGGCCGGGGUAGAGGUGGUGGUAGGGGAGGGUAUUCUUACCCACCCGACUAUUAUGGCUACGAGGAUUCCUACGAUUAUUAUGGUUAUGAUUACAACAACUACUGCGGGGGAUACGAGGACCCCUACUACGGCUAUGAUGACUUUCAGGCUCCCGCUAGAGGAAGAGGGGGCAGAGGUGCACGGGGGGCAUCCCCAGCCAGAGGCCGAGGCGGGCCAGGCACUCCCAGGGGCAGAGGUGGCUUUUCCCCGUGUCGUGGUCCAGGAUCAAGCAGAGGUGCCAGAGGAGAUGUGCAACAGAGAGGACGCGGCGGGGUACGUGGUGCGAGGGGUGGCCGCGGUGGAAAUGUAGGAGGAAAGCGCAAAGCUGAUGGGUACAACCAGCCAGAUUCCAAGCGGCGCCAGACCAAUAAUCAGAACUGGGGCUCUCAACCCAUUGCUCAGCAACCGCUCCAAGGUGGUGAUCGUUCUGCAGGGAAAAGGGGUCGAGGCCGGUCCUGACCUGUCACUAUGAAGACUGACCUGCUAUGUGGGGUUAUACCGGAAGCUGCCAAUGGAAGUGAUGGUAAGGUCAACUCAAUGGUCCAAUGAUAUUCCAGCCUUACAGGAGCAUAUCUCCCAGACUGCCAGAUUAGAAGAUAAUCAAAAGGGCAAACUCGAAGACACUUGUUGCUUGGACUUUUUAGGCCAUGGCUGCGAGUAGAGUUUUCACCCCUCUGGAAACCUCUUAAAGCUAAGGAUCCAGAUCACGUUCUGCGCAUGUUAUUUUACGCACACUACGUAGCUGCUGCUCACACUCCCCCCCUCGCUUCACGUUUCUCUUUUUACUCACCCUCUUCCGAACCAUGGGUAGCCUAUGUCUCUGCCUCAUAUUUCUGAAGAGCUGAAAUAACCCCGAAGUGAUUUGAUCUAACAUUCCAAAAAAUAUAUUAUGAAGGCUAUACAACCAUCUGUCUGUUUUAACGGAUAUUGCAGUUGCACAAGCAGGACGCAGUCCUUACACAUUAAUUCCAUUUGAGAAAAAACAAUCAGGUUUUUGUGUGAGGUAGGCUCAUCUUUUAUAGUCCUAUCGUAGACACUAGCCAAAGUUCCUGAAAAAAACAAAACAAUACUACUUUGACUGCCUCCUGCUUAGCUAAUGCUUGUAAUUAUGGAAAAAUUUAAUUAAAUCUCUAAUUAGACUGCGUCUCUGUCUUGCUUGUGUUUUGAUAUGCUGCCUAAAUAGCUGCAUGUAACUCCGCACUUGAGUUUUGCGUUGUAACCACACUCAGGCCCUACGAACUGCUAUUUCGCUUUUCAAUAAUCAUGCAAGUACCGCACGAGUAAGCGGCCUAGCAUUUCCAACUCCGGGCAGCUGAACGUUCUAGGCAGGCGAGUAUGUAUCUGGACAGGUAACCAGAGUCUGACAAUGGGAGAGUUCGUUUUGCAUCGCCCGGCGGGCUAUUAUUCUUUACGGCGUUUUGUCAACUACUGCUUUAGACAGCCUACUAUUUGUCAUAAUUUUCAUUGUAUGCUGCCAUAUCGUAGCGAGAGUUGCUGAAAAAAGAACUAGCCAAUGUUUGCGAUAAUGAGAAAAUUAAAUUAAAUCACGAUUUUGAUUGCCUGUGUGUCAUGCUUGUGUUUGAUAUGCUUGCCUAAGUGGCUGCAUGUUAACGCAGCAGCUAAGGACAUUAAAUCGCUAGACUGCUUUUGUGUCGUGCUUAUGUUUGCAACAGACAACUGUUACAACCGACAAAGUUUGUACGAGCAUCGAUCAUGUCGUUUGUGUACAACAUGAUGGCUGCAUGUAGCCUAACACCCCUCCUGAAAAAAAUAAUAACACUAAGUCACGCUUGAGGCAUGGAAAGCAUGCCUUUAGCAUAGACUGUAAACAAAAACAACAAAAAAACGUUUUAGUAUAGGCUACAACAUGAAGUGUGCCCUCCAUGUCAAGGAGGGUGAAGCAGCAGCGGACCACUGAGCAGAAUCUACUGUAUGCAGCGGAGUGGCCAGCAGCUACGUAAAACAAAUAAUAAUAAUGUACGUGCAGAAAUCUCUAUCAUUAGCCACGGCAAGUGGGGUUCCAGAAAAUCCAAAACCACAGCCACUCUGUUUUUAUAAGCUUGCCACCUCCCCCAUGUCCCCAAAGAAUAUGCCAUUUAAAAUGACUAUUGAAGAUGUUGCGUUCCCAGUGGACUGUUCAUCCUGAAGUGGUUAUGACUUUUGCACUUUGUCUAAAUUUGAAGUGGCUCAGAGGAGCUUGACGCUAAUGUAUAUUUGUGUGCUUAAUGCAGCUUUACGAUGGAAAAUACAUGUUUAAUUCUGUUUGGAUUGGUUUUAAGAUAAUGUUUAGCAGGUUGUUAGGUUAACCACCUGGCAUAAAUGGUCAGGCAUUCCAGGAAAGUGGUUAUUUUCAGAACUUGUCUUUUAAAGGGUUGGUUAACUACCUCAGUACAGAGGAUACAACUGCCCUGUCUACUGUAAGUAGGGAAACUUAAUUGAUGAAAGCAAGGCUUGUUCCACCCACUAAAUAGCACAAGGGCAACAGCAGAGCACAUGUAGUUUGUUUAUUAUAGGUGCUGCAUGCUGUUAUUCUAACACUGCCAACAGUCAAACUGGGCAUGUUAAAUAAUCUCAUGUAAUGAGCGAAUGAAUGAACAAGCCCUGCUUUCAUAUGGUUUGAACUGAAUUGGCUAUGUGCUUAUUCAGAUAAUGUAGUUACUGGUUGUAUAAUAGUUUAGGAACAGUUUACUUUUUGUAAAAGCUUGAACACCAGAAAGACAUCUACUUUUUUUCAGAAGCAUUGCAGUGUCCCUUUUUCUUUCCGGGAUAGGAUAGUAAGUAUUUUGUAUGUGAUCUAUUCCUUUUGGUUGCCUGGAAACCUGACGUUGAAUUGCAUCUAAUUCUACGUGGGGCAGAAAUUAGUGUUUUGAAUUAGGAACGUUUCCUCUCACGACUUCUACAAGCCAGAAUGUUUAAUAAAUGAUAUUUUAACAUACUUUACUGGUUGUCUGUGAAGUUGGUCCUUUUGGCGGUAGGAAUGUGAGACAACAUAUCCACAGGAAAGUAUAAUUACAUCAACUUUUCAGAGCGCUGGUAUUGCAUUCUGAUUUCUAUCACCUGAACCAUGCGCAGAACCAUGUAAACACGUUGCAGGAGCUCAGCAUGUAUUUUCAUCUUGUGCGCAUGCUUCAGGUGAUAGAAAUCUGAAUGCACUACCAGCGCUUUGAAAAGUUGAUUUAAUUAUACUUUCCUGUAGAUAUAUUGUCUCGCAUUCCCACCGCCAAAAGGACCGCACGGACAACUGGUAAAGUAUGUUAAAAUAUCAUUUUAUUCAACAUUCUGGCUUGUAGCGGUUGUGAGAGGAAACUUCCUUGAUUCAAAUGCUAAUUUCUGCCCGACGUAGAAUUCUAUGCAAUUCAACGUUGGGUUUUCAGACAAUACUUUUGGAAGGUUGCAUACACACUUACGUUUGAAAGCCAUCAGUCUACUUUGUGUACAGAUAUUUGCCUAAUCAUGAUGUACAACAUGAAUGUCGAUCAGACAUCCAUGAGCUGCCUUUUUGUCACAUUUUAAGUAUGUGACAAUUGUCUUGACUCUGCAUCAUGUUGAGCAUGUAAUCACAGAGUUAGCUGGAUAUGACUGGGUUCAUCCAGUUCAAAUGGGAUACUGCAGCUUUUUAAAAAUGUAUUUAUUUCCCAUGGAUUGCAUAAAGAAGACUGAACAACUUGAUCAGGUUUUGUACACAGUUGACUCCCUCUAUCAUCUCAAACAAUUAUUUGAAAAACUGUUACCAGUUUUAAACAAUUGUUGGUGGCUAACAAUUGUUUUUGCAUUCUUGCAAAUAAAUUGUUUUAUACUGUUGAGGCGUGUGUAACUUAUAAAAAAAAAUAAAGGUCUUGAUUUUCA